AUGAACACCUACAACUCUCGUCUUGAGACCUUUUCAUCAUGGGCAUUUCCAGUUGACAAGCAAACACUCGCUAAUGAUGGAUUUUAUAGGAUAGCUUCUUUCUGUAGUGACAAAGAUGCCACAAAGUGCUUUUAUUGUGGGGGAGUGUUAAAUUGUUGGAAGGCAAAAGAUGACCCUUGGGAAGAGCAUGCAGAGGCAUAUCCUGGAUGCAAGUUCCUGAUAGAGGAAAAGGGACAGCAGUUUAUAAAUCAUGUCCAGUUAAAAAGACCCAUUCUACACAAGGCUAACUCUGCAGAAGCAUCACCUGCUUUACAGAAAGAUUUAUUGAAGAGUCCAUUGGUGAUUAAUGCCCAACAAAUGGGAUUUCCCCUUGAAGAAAUAAAGAAAGUUAUGAGGCAGAAGCUGAAGCCCACAGGAAAUAAUUAUACAUGUGUGGAAGAAUUUGUCUCAGACUUAUGUGCUCAGAAUGAAACGGUUGCAGAGAAGCCCAAGAAAAUGGAGAUCAGCAUUGAGGAGAAGCUGAGACAACUAGAGGAGGAGAAGAUCUGCAAAGUUUGUAUGGACAGACGGAUCACCAUUAUUUGUAUACCCUGUGGCCAUCUUGUGGCUUGUGCUGUGUGUGCAGAUGUGCUUGAUAAAUGUCCAAUCUGUUGCACUAUUAUAAAAAGAAGACAGAAAAUUGUUAUGUCAUAAUCUGACAUGCCAAAGCACAGUUGUCAUUUAGGAAGGGGAGCCUGUAAAUUGAACAAAUCAGAAUACUUUACAAAAAGAAAAACACAACUGGCUCUAAUCCCUCAUACAACUUAGUAAAAUUAUCGAAAGCACAGAACAAUUCUCUGCACUUAGAAACGUAGUGCCAAAAACAAUUGCCAAACUAUUGCUCACCCAAUGGGAGAGAUGAUCUGGGUGUAAAAACCCCAGGUCCGACACUUUAAAUAGCUCCUUUUAAAUUAACAUUGUAUACAUUGAAGUCAGCAAUCAGCGCACUCACCAAAUCCGGUAAAUGGCCCGGGUGCUGUGCCCCGAACCCGUAGCUUGUGUCGAUAAUUCAGUCAAAGAAAGUGCACCCACUCCUGCAGCCAGCCGGUGAGGUAAAAAAUAAGAUUUAUUCCAUUUUGUUAAAAGUCAAACGUCCUGGAUGUUUGACUUUUAACAAAAUGGAAUAAAGCUUUUUUUUCACCGGUUGGCUGCAGGAGUGCAUGCACUUUCUUUGACUAAAUCAGAAUAAUUUACCUAAUGCAUGGACUGAGGG